AUGUACGCAUUAAACUUCAUCACAUACGGCGUCGAUAGCUUCUUCCUAUUUGCCCUGUACAAGGUUCACGGAGGCUAUCUGAAUAGUCCGGCGGUGACACAGCCACCAGUCAAUCAACCACCACCACCACAGAUGGUACAACAGCCGAGUUAUCCACCAUCGGCCUACACGAAUUCGGCAUACGACGGGCAGCCUGUACCAGAACAAAGUGGUUAUGCGUAUCAGUAA